ACAUUAUAUUAUAGUGUUGUAUAUUAUAGAGUAGUAUUGUAUAGCAAAGUGUAAUAUGGUAUAUUAUAGCAUCCCUGGACAAUGAGAUAUUUUAAAGAUUUGGGAAUAAGAAGAAAAUAACCUUCUGCAGCAACACCACAUGUCAAUGCACUGUUCUGACCACCCUCCUACUUGUAAAAUUUCUUUACUGGCUCAUCAGGAUGUGGAAGGCAGAACAAGAAGUGCCACUGGGAAUUUUCAGCUGAGCCGUAUCAAUUCUCAUUCACCAGCCCAGUCAUACCUUUAUCCUACAUGCAUAUAAAACGGCCAAUGUCAUUUACAUGUCGUUGGUACUCAUGUGCCACAGCUGUUUCCUUUAUCUGAUUGUUUUGUGUGUGUUUGUCAGCGUGAGGGGUUUCGGGGCUGAUGGGGGGCAGCUGCCAUGACGGUCACCACUAUGAUCCCUUGCUCAGAAAAUGCGUGGAGUGUCUCAAGUUUUGUCGGCAAUCGUAUGUACCCAGCAAAUGUGCAAGUUACUGUGAGGCUGCCCAUUGCAAGGCCGUGCCUGGCCACUACUUCGACCGGCUGCUGAAGAAAUGCAUCAAGUGCACAGACAUAUGUGGCAGACACACAGCAGAAUGCUCUCAACACUGCCAGACUCCGUCACCUCCUAUGACCACCAAAAAGUCCCUGGUUGAAGUUACCUCUCAAGUGUCGAUCUCCAGACGGCCUACGUGGUUGGAAGACUCUAACAUCCUAAUCUACUCCCUCCUGGCUGUAUCCAUGGUGCUGCUGUUGGCUAGCUUGUCUCUAGCUUUGGCAGCCUUUCUGAAGGGAAGCAAGGCCAAAUCCUCUAAGCCAUCACCCUCAAAUAGCACGAACCGCAAGCGGAAGUGUGGGGUCCAGCAACGCCAGGAGGUCGGCUUUCUAGGUUGCCCGACGGGGAUGAACUCUACAGGUUUCCCCGAUCUUAAAGCUCUGGGCCAGGGCAACAACAGGCAACAGAGAGCACCUUUCUUGGUCAACCAGCCAGCUGUUCUGCAAAGAGCCCAAAACCAAAACGGGGGUCCCCUCUGGCCGGAGGGGAGCCUCCACACCUCUGGACAGAAGGUCCAGGAGGGCGCAGCAGUGGGAUGAUGUCCAUUCGUGCUCUCUUGAAGUGUCUCACAGGCAUACUGGAAUGGAUAAAUGUGUCUCUGGUGCAUCAGAGAUACUUGUCAGCCUUUUUUUUGUUGUUUGAUUGUUUUUUCAACAAAAAUCCAGCAGAUACAGCAAAAAGGUAACUAUUUAGAUUGGAAAACUUACAAGAAGGGUUGCAUGGUAAUGUACAACCCCUAUUAACUGUUCAAUUGGCAACUACAGCAGAAAUACAUAAGCAAGAAUUAGUAUUAAUAGCACAAGUUUAGAAAAACCCUCCACCUCUACCCCCAGAUGAAGGCAUGUUGAGAAAAUGGGGAACCUUGUGUCUCAUGAGGGUCCAGUUGUGUCCCUGCUGUAUUUGAAGUGUGUGAGGUAUCACUGAAAAUAUGUACAUACACUGAUCAGCCACAGCAUGAAAACCACACGCCUAUUAUUGUGUUGGUCCAACUCGUGCUGCUAAAUCCGCUCUGACCCACCGGGGCAUGAACACAGGACCUUAAGGAGUGUUGUGUGGAGUCUAACACCAGACCAUUGUCGGUGGCUUCUGUGAGUUUUGGGGUGGGGCCUCAAUGGAUCGGUUUUGUUCUGAUGGAUCCUGUGAAUGCUUGAUCGGAUUGGGAGGCUGUGUCAAUGCCUUGGACUCUUUGUCAUGUCACUCAAGCCAUUUUUUCAUUGUCUCACUGCUGUGGGAGGGAUCUCCUGAUUAAGUUUUAUCCCUCAGUCUGAGUAAUUUAAUGUUAAGUAUCAACCUCUGUCUCACGUUAACAAAAUCACUCCAAACCACACUUGACAACUGAAAAGUUCUUCAGAGCUGCAUCCAAGCUGGUAAUGCUGCAGGUGGUCACAAACCUUGUUGUGAAGCCCUGCUGGGUCACUGUCUUUAAGUGGAGCCUCUUAUCGUUAGCAACCCGAGAAUGUGGUCACCUUGAAUAGGGGCAGUUCCAUAUUGGCAAGCAGAGCGUAUUGUGGGGGUUUAACUCGCACGAGCACCAUGACAAAGACUUCUUGGAUGCCUAAUGGGCUCUGACAACGCUCAUAUAUUUUAAGAAAGCCAGAAUCAACUCAGGCAUUGUUCCUACAUCUCAGUGGUAAAUGUAACAGAGCUGAUUCUGUGGUUCAGAUCAAAUAUCCCUUAACUGAAACAGCAAAAGAGAAAUAUCCACUAUGCUGAAUUUGUGCUACCUAUGGAUCCAUUAGACAUUGACAGCUUCUGAUCAUUGAUUUAAAUAAAUUAUAUAAAAUUUGCAUUGCUGAGGUCCCGCCACAAACUGUGCUCUCCCGUAAAAACUCCUGUGUGACGGGAAGACGCAAACAAAGGAUCUGGCUAAGGGUUCUGCUAAUAUGGAUCAAGUAAAAAAAUGCCUUGAUCAGCCCCGAUCCCAAUCUUUGACAUCUGAUCAGAUCAUCCCUACUUAUUGCUUUAGGGUGUCAUGAAAGAAGUGUUUGCACAUUGUAAUGAGAUUCUAAAUGUUAUGGUGGUUUGAUUGUUGUGGCUGAUUGGUGUAUAGUAAGAUCCUGAACGGACCCAUGACCUGCAAACUCUUCCAAGGUCAUCUGAAAGGCAGCAAUGCUCAGGCUCUGACAGAAACACUGGCGAAGACUGAUCGACGCUUUGCUUCAUUUUUCUUCAUGUUGAACAUGAUUUCUGCUUUUUGUUGUUGUUGUUGCUGCUCUGCUUCCUGACAGUGUGAAUGUAAUUAAACUGAGGUCACUGAGAACAUACUGUGGUGUCUAUAAUGUAUGUAUAAUGUAUGUAAAGUUUCGCUGCUCUUUCUUGCAGAGUGCCAAUGAUUCAAGCAGCCAAACUGCCGUGAUUAGGACUGAACGGUGCCAAUGCCAAACAUGGCUCAGUGUUAUUUGACUGCCAACUGUCAGCUUGGCGUAUAAGUCCAAAUUCCAUAAGACGUGCCUUCAGAAAGCUACAGUCACAGAAAGAUAAUAAUUGCACGUCUAAGCUCGCAACUCUCACUCUGGAGACAUCGGCGAGUCGCUUUUCCAACAUAACAAGUGAAACAGGCUUAAAAAUAUAU